AGCUAGUCAGUGUUGCUGGUAUAAUGCGAACAGCUGAGAUCAGACAAAGCUGAGACUGGGGCAUAUCUCUGCCUGAAUUCUGAGAAUCAGGCUUUGUCUAGUAUGUGAACUGCAGUCAUUUCCAUCCAGAAAUGUCUAUUUUCAUGGAACUGUAGAAAACAUUAUUCAAAGAAUGACCCACCAACUCUCUGUCAGAUGCCAAUCUGAUAAAGGUCAGCUAUUGAAACCCAAAUGACUCAGCACAUGAAGCAUACAGGUGGAUCGCUAGAUACUGAUUUCAAACCGGAAUAUGCUACAUGUUCACUGCCACUGACUAUGACCAUGACCCUUCACACAAAAACCUCUGGUGUUGCCUUGUUGCACCAGAUACAAGGCACUGAACUUGAGACGCUGAGCAGACCUCAGCUGAAGAUUCCCCUGGAUCAACCGCUCAAUGAAAUGUAUGUGGAGAGCAACAAAACUGGAGUUUUCAACUACCCAGAAGGCACCACUUAUGAUUUUUCCACCACUGCACAACCAGUAUACAGCUCAACCAGCCUCAGUUAUGCCCCUACGUCGGAAACAUUUGGGUCCAACAGCCUGGGAGCGUUUCCCUCUCUUAAUAAUGUUCCUCCUAGCCCUGUUGUGUUUUUACAGACAGCACCACAACUCUCACCUUUUAUUCAUCACAACCAGCAGGUACCGUACUACCUUGAGAAUGAACCGGGAAACUUUUCAAUGAGGGAUGCUGGUCCCUCAGUUUUUUACAGGCCAGGCUCAGAUAACAGACGUCACGGUGGCAGACAGCAGAUGGCUUGCACCAGUGACAAGGGAAGCUUGUCCAUGGAGUCCGCCAAGGAGACCCGCUUCUGUGCUGUGUGUAAUGAUUACGCUUCAGGCUACCAUUACGGCGUUUGGUCCUGCGAGGGCUGCAAAGCCUUCUUCAAAAGAAGUAUCCAAGGUCACAAUGACUACAUGUGUCCUGCUACCAACCAAUGCACCAUUGACAAGAACAGAAGGAAAAGCUGCCAGGCGUGUAGGCUACGAAAAUGUUAUGAAGUUGGAAUGAUGAAAGGUGGGAUUCGGAAAGAUCGCAGGGGUAGCCGAAUGCUGAAACACAAGCGACAAAGGGAUGAGCAUGAUGGCAAGACUGGAGGAGCUACAUUUGAAUCAAGAAGCUCAACAGUCUGGCCAGGCCCCCUGGUGAUUAAACAUACCAAGAAAAAUAGUCCAGCCCUGUCUCUGACUGCAGACCAGAUGGUCAGUGCCUUGCUUGAUGCCGAACCACCUGUUGUCUAUUCAGAAUAUGAUCCUGGCAGGCCUUUCAAUGAAGCUUCUAUGAUGUCAUUGUUGACAAACCUUGCUGAUAGAGAGCUGGUACACAUGAUCAACUGGGCCAAAAGGGUACCAGGUUUUGUGGAUUUAGUACUCCAUGAUCAGGUGCAUCUACUGGAAUGUGCUUGGCUAGAGAUACUGAUGAUUGGCUUAUGCUGGCGUUCAAUGGAACACCCUGGAAAGCUGCUGUUUGCUCCUAACCUAUUAUUGGACAGGAAUCAAGGGAAAUGUGUCGAAGGCUUUGUAGAAAUAUUCGACAUGCUGCUGACCACUGCUACUCGGUUUCGAAUGAUGAAUCUUCAGGGGGAAGAAUUUGUGUGCCUUAAAUCCAUCAUUCUACUCAAUUCUGGCAUCUAUACAUUUCUUUCCAGCAGCUUAAGAUCAUUGGAAGAAAAAGACCAUAUUCAUCGUGUGCUAGAUAAAAUCACAGACACCUUGACCCAUUUGAUGGCCAAAUCAGGUCUAUCUCUGCAGCAGCAGCAUAGACGGUUGGCUCAGCUUCUCCUCAUUCUUUCCCACUUUAGGCACAUGAGCAAUAAGGGAAUGGAGCACCUGUACAACAUGAAGUGCAAGAAUGUGGUCCCACUUUAUGAUUUAUUGCUGGAGAUGCUAGAUGCCCACCGUCUGCAUGCCCGUGCCACAAGGAGCACACCCCAGGGAGAAGAAGAGCCUAUGAACCAACUGGCAACCACAUCGACUUCAACACAUUCCUUGCAGCCCUGCUAUGUGAACAAAAUGGAAGAUGAGAAUGAGCAACAAGCAAUAUGAGAGUCCCCAUUUCAAACAGCCUAUAGGUUUCUGAGAAUCCCAUCAGAAAGCUACCUACUUCAGGCUUAGCUGAACUGGUACCAUGCAUGUAAGCACUCCAAUGCUCACCAAUCACCAGUGCUCCCCAAUACAUUGCUUACUGAGAUCCUUAGUGGGAGAACAUUUAUCUUUCUGGAUAUACUAUAAGGAUUCAAAGGUAAUCCUCAGUGCCAGUUGUAUGGUGACACUUGGUAAACCCACUCAAGAGGAUUCCUGUAGCUGAAUGAGAAUUUGGGUGCUGAUGACCAUUUCCUUUCACUCAUUUGGGCAAAGAUCCCAGCUGAGUUUUGAGUAGGUGAUGUUUACAUGUAAAGUUUAUUGGCUGAUGGUGAACCUCAAGAAUUCUACAUCAAAUUAACUAAAGACAAUGCCAUUGAAAAUAUUCAUCUGUCAGGACCUCAUCCUGUACCCAAAUAUUUAGCAUUUACUUCUGGGAUUUUUUCAUUACAAAUUGACUCAAAAUACAGUUAGAUGAAUUUUAUCUUGACAGAGAAACUGUUUAUGACAGCUAGAAGUUCUGGUUUCAGCCAGAAAUCUCUCAACUUCACAGAAUCACAGUGGUAUUAAGUUGCAAUGGUACCCCCAAUACUUUGUCUUAGCAUUAAAGAGCUUAUCCUAGUCACGAUGGAGGUGGUAGUUUUAUGCUUAUAUGAAGAAUUCUCUGUUAGAGCAGAUCUGGCUCUUUACAUCAUCUGAACCAAACAAUUGGAUAGAUUAACUAUUGCAGUCUGGUCCAAAUUAAAAGGAUUUAAAUAUAAAACUACUGUUUCUAUAAGUUGGGGGAGUGACCUCUGCACUGACAAAUUAAAGGAGAUAAUAGCCAGUGACUGGGAUUUUAGUGACUGGGUGACUGCCAGUGACUGAGAUUUUUAUAUAUAUAUAUACACACAAACAUACUAAUAGAUAGACGUAGUCCAGUUCAUACACUACCUGAGACAUAUGCGGUGUUUUCCUGUGGUGACAUCCUAAAACCAACGGCAUAAACGUGUGUGAGUGUGUGGGGGAGAUCAUGUAAGAAGUUACCAUAUUAGGGCUACUGGCCCUCAGGGAGAUAUUUUCUCCUGUGACUCACCCCUUCACUUGGUUUUGCCAUUUAGAUUGACACUAGAGCAGCAUGGGGUGCAGCCAUAGGAAAGGUAUACAGCUCGUCUUUGGGUGUGGUAUGAAUUGGACUUUUAAAAAAGAAAGAUGACAUCCUAACUAUUCUGUUUCAAACAUUGUAGAUACGUUUAAUUCAGUCAAUGCUGCAGAGGUGGAAAGUAGUUUGGACCUUUUCGAUAAUGCAAGUGAUGCCUCCUGUCCGUAUUGUAUGCUCCCUGUGUACAAAAACACAACUGAACUCUGUUGAGAAACCACUUGCAGAUAGGAGCAGCGAAGAGAGUAAAGGACACUUAGUGUUGCGCUGCACCAGAAGUCACAGCCUGCCGUUUGCUCACACACAAACUGUCCCUAACCAGAGCGGCAAGCACACAUGGAGGGGGCAGAAAGGAAACGUGCAGGUGACCUCUUGCUGUUUUCCUUAUACAUUGUCCAUCCCUUUCGCCCCAAACUUACAAAAAGCAGUAAAGCACUAAUGUUGUGAAUAGUUUUCAUCUCGUCUUAAUUUAACUAUGCUCUCACCAAUGCCUCUAUCUCAAGCUUUGUUUCCAGUGGCCUUGCUUUUUAUUAAUGCAGCAAAGUAUUUGUCUUUCUGUGCACUUGCCAUGUAAAAAAAAAGUUCUGCUCUGAAAUUACCCAAAAACUGUUGGGGGCUAUUAAGUGCCUUGUCUAAAAUUGCCACAUAUUUAUUUACAAGAGCUCAUGUUGUAGUUUAAUUCUAUGUUACUGAUACACCUGUGUGUAUUUCAUUGCAUAAGCAACAAGAAAGCAUUUAUAAGUGGCCCGCAAUUAAGAUAAGAACCCAGUACUGUCCAUUUGUAUUGUAGUGCUUAUAACACCAGGUACAAUUCAAUGCCCUGAUUUUACAGUGGGAUCCUUGUAACUAUUUCCCUAUAUCCUCCCCUUAUGAACAGAACUAUGCUGCAAGAGCUUCCCCGUUCACUGUAAUGGAACUGGUAACCCUGCUGAAGGGAAUCAAAGGGUUAAAUUCCUUUUAGCAGUUCCUCCAUUAAAGGGACAGGGGAAGCAUUUUCAGUCACAAGAGCCCUCUGCUUUCCUUGUAUACCCACAAAGUUCUGGUUUGGGGGAGCAAUGUGUACAACAAAAAUAAGUUGCCAUUGAUCAGCACACCUAGCAACUGCCAUAGUUCUCCCAAACAAUAGCUCAAAUUAUUUAAACAGAUCUGAUUUGAGUAAUUUGCAAAGCAUUAAUUUUGACAGACCCACUAAAAUCAUUGGUAUACGAAAUAACACAGCCAGGUAUGCUGGGGGGGUGGGGUAUGGGGUGGGGAAACAGCUUUAACAAAAAUCCUGUGGUUCUCCAUCUUUAGCUUUAAUACUUAAAUAUAUAUAUCUUUGACAAGUCCAGUUUGGGACUCCAAAGGAGAAAUGUGUUGCUUUUUGUUAAUUUUUUUAAAAGAAAUAUGCUAGAUGUCAAUAUACUGUUCAUUUGUUGAAAGCAUCAUUUUAUCAUUAUUAUUGAAAGCACCUUAAAUAAUGUAUAUGUUUGUAUGCAUAUAAAUACAUACAUGCCAAGCUCACCUGUCAGACAACUGAAUGUAUCUGUUCUAUUUACCCAGUCAACAGUCUAGAUAAUAGUCACAUUUCAUCUUUAUACUUUUUAGCUACUUCUCUUGUAUGCAAUCAUUUGUGCCUAAGGCUUAGUGAUUGUUAGGAACUCCUAUUUCAUAUAGAUUUUUAUAUUGAUGAUAGUAAAUCCAGUACUAAUUUAGAAAGCCAAGUACCAAAUACAAGGAAGCUAUCCUUUAACAAAGGAAGGAUAUUUGAGGCAGCUAAUUGUGCUUUUAACCAAAAUAUUAGUAUUAUUGUCCAUGAAUGGUAUCUAAGGGGACAAGGAUUGUUCUUUUUAGAUGUUUAUAUUUAAAUUUUAGACAAGAAAAACACCCUAGAAGUAUAGGAAAUUCAUCACAACUACAUGCCAAAUCAGAAUAGAUCUGAUGAACUUGCCUUAUCUAAUAUCAGUAAACAGACUUACUGUAGAGAACAAGAAGGGAUGCAAUGGAAGUCAUUUCCCCUCUUUGGGGGAUAGCUCUUAUGAUCCUUACUGGAUAACAAAGCCAUUCUUGUAGUUAGUGUGACAUUGUGCAUCCUGGUGGACAGCUGCCAUCAGUCAGUCAUCCUCUACUGUGUGGCAGGGAAAUGCUUUUCUGUAGGCCCAGCCCACUACCAUAUGCUACUAGACACAUAAAAGAAGUGCAGGCCUGCUGCUCUGCCUUCUGCAUGGUAAUGGACUAAGUGCAGGGAUCUGUGUGGGGCAGAACAGGCACCAUUCAGUGCAGUGCAAACAACCAACUGGCUCUUCUGGACUGGCAAGCCACAUUUUAAUGCAUUUGUAGUUUAUUGCAGGGAUGACUGCUUGUCCACAUCAAUGUAUUGUGUAGUACUUUUGCACAGCUCUCUCUCUCUCUGUAGGCAUCUCUGGAAUGAGCCUGUUAUGGAAAAGCAACAAUUACAGUUGCAGCUCCCUGACACUUCUGGGCAUGAUGGCUUUUGCCAUUGCAAAGUUGAUUAAAGGAUUAGUUUAAUCUCAAAACAUUUGAGAUGAAGAUAGCUUCAUUUAUGCAUAAUGAAGGUAAUGUUAUUACCUUCCCCCCUCCCCUUAACAUAUUGUUAACAUUCCAGGCCAAGAAACAGUGCUUUUUGCUUGAUUUUUCUAGACGAUUUCCAUUAACCAGUAAAAAGUUCUCUUCCUGCAUGUAAUUAUAGACCCAGUCUUGCUCCACUGAAAAUCAGAUGGCCCUGACCUAACUAUAGUCAUAUACAGCUAGUCUGAAUAAUUCCAGAAGUAGAGCCCUGUUAGACUGCUGCAGCCGGCUUGACAAAUGUAUUGUGGCAUAAACUCUGGUGAGGAAGAACCAACUUCAUCAGAUGCAUGCAGAACAAACAGCUUUUAAUGGGAUGCAAAUUCCUAUCCUCAUCCAAAGGUGCAUAUUGCCAGUGUAGUGGGGCCAAGACAAGCAUCAGAAGAUAGAUGUCUUCAUUCGUGUUGUUUGCACAAACAGACAACUGCCUCUGAUCUCCCUUGAUGGAUCUGGAUUGUAGUGUCUGUCAUAGCUUUUUGUAAGCUUCAUUUUACACAUACGUUUUCAAAGCUACUACUAUUUCUGCUAAGAGAGGAGCCAUCUUAAACCAAGUGGAGUUUUGGACACUCAAAAUCUCUUGCAGGAUAUGUCAAAUUAAUCAAUUAUAGUACAAGCUGGCUAUUCUGAAAGCUUUUUUCAAAUGUAUCAUGGCUUUGUGAAGUGAGUCUUCAUAUCUGAAGUGAGUGCUAAGUGAAGACCUGAUCUAAAUGCAGUGUUUUUUUUAAGCUACCAGUCCAACCAUGUACAACAUAGUUGAAGUGGAAUUGUGACAAAAAAAAAGGUGGGGUAUCAAAAAAGUUAAUUUUACUUUAAAAAUUGGAUGUAUUUAUGUCCUAAAUGUUUCGUAUGUAAUCAUUGCCUUUGGAGGGAUAUUUCAAUUUUGCACUAUCCUAAAAUAAUUUUUUUUGAAGUCUAAUCUUUCUUUGCAUUCAAAUGUGCCUAAACUUAUAUGCUGCCAUGCCACAAGCCUGUCUUUCGUGGUAAUGCUGCCCUGCUGUGCACUUUUUAAAAAAAUGCAAUGUACUCCACAGAUAAUCUUGAAGUAACCAUCUAAACAUGAUAAAAGGAUGCUAGUCAGAGAAUAAACCUAAAAAGCCACUUUAUGCCACUUCAUUGUACAUAUAUAUUUUUUUAAAAAAUGAAGCUUUUUUGUGCACUACAUUACCCUUUUAUUGUGAAACAUUUCCUUUGUUAUGAGACUCAUGUGCCAUAAUGCAUUUGGUGAAUUGUUCUGCUCUUUUGCUUGUGCAUAUAAUAGUGUAAUUGACAUCUCUAUUUUGUUAGAUAUUGCUUUGUUUAAUGAAAAGAAAGGUAAAAAUCCUUUUUCUCUUUUUUGCACCUUUGAAAGAAUGUUACAUACAGCUUCACAAAAAAUCAGUAGGAUAUCUGAUCUGUGCAACAGUUUUUCAGCUUUGAUGUGAAAAUAAAACAGUGAACCACAA